AUGAGCGCCAGCCAUUCGAACGCGACGACUCCUGCAGUCGAAAACAGCGACUGGGCGUCAAAGGCUGAUCCGUUUUUGAUAACUCCUGCGACAAGCCCUGAGGCUAACCGAUCUGCCGGCGUGGGCCACGACGAGUGCGACGGCGGCCGGGACCAUGAUGCCCCCGUGGGCGGCCUGCUGAAAUUCGCUGACGUCCCUAGCCAACUAUCUCACCUGCCCUUCAACCCCGGCUCGAAUGAUCCCUCCUCCACCCACGCCCCGGAUCCCAAUCCCAAUUCCAGCUUGCUCACCUCCUCGUCCUCUGCAAUCGACACGACGACAACUUUUCUCAACUCGCCUGCCACCACUUCUUCCACCGCAAACACGACUCCUGCCGCCUCUGUCGCGGUUACCCCUGCCACGACAACAAAAACAACCACCACCGCGCUUCUCACGUACCCUACUCCAACCUCACCCCUGCCACCACCCUCUGGCAUUCGCAAAACCUCCCCUGGCUUAGCUGCCCGCCUCAAAGCUCUCGGUUUCGGCUCCCAAAAACCUUCAACGCCCCCAACCACGCCGCAUCAUCCCGAUCACAUCGGCCGCCUCGACGAAGAGCACCUGCGCCAGCUUGACGAGAAACAUCAGGCGGGUUCGGUCAAGUCGGUCAUCGCCCGGCGUGGUCGCCCGUGGAAGGGCGCCGGCGCUUUGUCCUCCUCCAAGCCCGCCGCCCACGAUCCUGCUCUCGACUUACCGCCCUUCAAGGUGGACGACAACGAUUCCAUCGUUACACUGCUGCCUGAGAUCAGGACCCCCGAGCCCCUGGACAUGGAUACUCAAAAGUAUCGUCUGCCCGACCAUACCAACGGCAAUGGAACAAAGGUCACCCUCGAUACCCGUCGCGAACACAUCGAGCGCACAACAUGCCCUCCAUCCCCCGACGAUGGAUGCGUGCCUCCUCCUCCUCCCCCCAAAGACACCCCUCCCAUCGUAACGCCUGCUCCCGCCACACCUCCAACAGACUACGUUCCGAGCCUCAAUUCUUACUUCACCCCUGGCCAUAACCGCCCUGGAUCCAUCUACACCUUAUCUCGCGUCUCCUUUGCCAACCAACUCGCCCAGUUGACAUCAUUGCAGCUUCCCGACGCCGAGUCGCUCUCCAGCCAAGUCACUGCCAUCCCAACCGCCCAGGUUGCCGCUAAAGCUCUUAUCAACGCUGCCGAACAGAUCAGAAGCUGGAUAUCCAAGGCAUCAGAGGUUGUAGAUGGUCUUGACAGUGAGGACGAUGUGGAGUGGGCCGCUGCUGGAGGCCGAGAGGGCCUGGCUGAGGUGGAAAAUGCCAUUACACGCUUCGAGGAACUGGUCAAGGCCUAUGUCAGCGCCAUCGAGCAGCUGCAAGGCCGCGAUGAUGUUUCCAACGUACCCCUCAGCGACUUGACUCGGGCUGUCACACAGAUGGAGUCCAUCAUGCAGGAGUGGGCCAAGAUCCGACGAACACUACAGACCGUGAGGGUACAGGUUGAGAUCGCCAUGGAGUGGGAGGAGCUCUGGAACAAUGUCCUUGGAGACGUCCAGGGCGAGAUGGACGAGCUGAGCAGGCUGGUAUUUGAAAUGGAGGAACGCCGUCACAAGAGUCUCAUGGCCGCGGCCAGUGCGGACACGGUCGAUAUCGGAGAUCUCGAAACUAUCGUCGAAGAGAAUCCUCACCAAGCAUCCAGACUGCAAGCGCCGAACCGCUAUAGCCUACCCGCCUUCCCUGUUACCCCUAACUCUCCCGGCGCUGGCACGCCAACCUUGUCGCAGGAUGACUCCAGCCUCCUCGCUCUCUUUGCUCGUAUGCAACCUCUGAGAGCUUCUCUCGAUUUCCUUCCCAUGCGAUUGUCAAUGUUUGAGGCGAGGGCCGAGCAAUCUUUCCCGACGGCAUGCGAAGAACUCAGUAUGCGACGUGAGGGUCUCGAUGCUAGCUACAAGAAGCUGGAAAAGGAUGCCGAGUCGCUGCGCAAGGAGCUCGGCGAGGAUCGAUGGGUUAUUGUCUUUCGUGGCGCUGGUCGCCAAGCCCAAAAGAUGCAGGAGUCUGUCGAGCGCUCGCUCUUUAAGCUCAGAGAAGCUGCCGAUGCAGGACUGCAUCUGACAAACCAGCCUGCCAUGUUGAAGAAGCUGGAAAGCUAUGAGGCCAAGAAGACGCAUUAUGGACCGGCCAUUGAGCGUGUCUUAUCCAUCAUCGAGAAGGGAGUCAAGGAACGCCUGACUGUCAACGGGGAGAUUCUCCGCCUCCAUACCGAUAUGCAAGCUAGAUGGUUGGCGCUGAAGCAUCAGAUGAAGGACGCCGAGUCCUUGAUUGACGAGAUUCACGCAGACAAGGGCCAGCAGCUCCGGGAUUCCAUCUCUAGCAUGCUGUCGAAUGACCAUUCGACUUUGGGCAGUGGAAGGGAGACACCAGGUAGCUCGCCACCUUCUUCAGUCAUCAUGUCAAGCCUAGGCAUGGAUCCUCAUACGCCAAAAUCGAAGCCUCCAAAGAUGCGAGCCACGCCCGGGGCCAACAAUCGGCCGAUCCCGUCGAACCGACGACACUCUUCCCUGCCAGCACCCACAUCACAAAUUGGCAGGAAGCCCGGUUUCUCUCGCCUCUCCACCGUCACUGGUUCUUCAUCAACAACCAACUUAGCUCCUCGUCCGGCGGUCAAACGACCAGAAUCCACGCUCCCUCAGCGUCCCCGUUGGAAUGGCUCGACAAACACGUCAGACGUUGACACUGGUCACAACUUCAAGCCUCUCACACUUACCACACCGAGUCCCUAUGCCAAGAAGAGUCCUAUCGCGCACAAAUCAGCUGGCUCGAUUACACCAGGGUCAAGCAACUCGAAGUUGCCGAAGCUACGGAGUCCCCUUGCUCGCGCCUCGUCGGAAUCCCCCAGAGUCGAGGACACGCCCACUAGAACUGGACACUCGCGCCUUUCGUUCCGAGAACGACUUGCAUCUCCUGGCCCGAGCACUCAGCCACUGCCAAAGCCGAGACUUGCGUCUCACAACUCAACGACGGCUCUUUCGGGCAGACGGUCUUCCCUGCAAGCAGCAAGGUCCAUUGGAGCUGACGGAGAGAGGCAAAGCAGGCCUGCCAGCUCGCUCGCUACAUCGUCGAGGAGGACUAGUCUUCUCCCUCAGCCAAAGGCUAGAGAAGGCGAGACUGGCCGUGAUAGCCCCCAGGCGCUUGCAGGUGCUCGAAUGGCGAUGCGAAGAGCUCCCCCACUGGAGCCAAAAGACAUGAAGCCAAGAUGGCGACACUGA